AUGUAUGGCUUUUUAAGUUACUUAUUUUGGCUAGUGGUAGCCCUCUCCUUUAUAUGUUCAAAAUGUUUGAAUGAGAAACUAACAAGGAAAAGAAGAGUUGUAGGGGGAGCACCAUUGGUACCUGGCGAGUGGCCAUGGCUUGUAUCACUCCAUUUCAGACCAACACAUCCUUUCACUAAUCGUACAAAGAUGAGGCAUCUAUGCACUGGUGCCCUCAUUGAUCCACAAUGGGUUUUAACAGCUGGACACUGUAUGGAUGGUAAUGAGUUUAAAGGAUUAAAUAAGAAGAGUAAUUGGGUGAUAGUAUUAGGAGAAUAUAACCAAUAUCGACGAGAAUCGUGGGAACAAAGAAAUAGAAUAAAAAAAUAUUUCAAACAUCCACAAUAUUCAGCUCGUCCCCUGUUACGUGAUUUGACACUAAUAAAAUUAAAGAGAAGAGCUACUAUCAACGAGAAAGUCAAAGCAAUCAAUAUAGAUAGUACUGGUGAAUGUACAGUUAAAGGAACGCCAGUAUCUGUUGCCGGUUGGGGUCAAAUAUCUUACAGUCCAUUUGGGUAUGGUAAUUUCCUCCCAUUAAAAACGAGUUUAUCAAUAUCCAAUAAGACACAAUGUGUUGAGAAUUAUUCUAUAGUACCAGAUAAUGAUCCCGAUAAAGCCUUUUAUGAUCCUGAAGAUGAAGGUGUACUUUGUGCUGGUGCUUCUGGUGGUAAAGAUGCCUGUUUGGGUGACUCUGGGGGACCACUCGCCUGUGAACGUGGCGAUGAAUGGAAACUAACGGGUGUUGUAUCAACGGGUUAUGAUUGUGGUAAUGCAACUUUUCCUGGUUUGUACACAAGAGUUGAUUUGUACUCUCAAUGGAUACGAGAUACUAUUGCAAACAAUUAAAAACUGUAAUAUUGCUCAAAUAAAUACCUCACUUUUCGUUUACAUAUUUA